AUGCAUUGUCUCGCUCUCUUAAUUCCAGUCCUCCUUUCAACUACAACCCUAUCCCAAGCCGCUCCCACAGGGAACAGUACCAACACCAAUACAAACACCAAAACCACCCAGCUCAGCGCAUCCAACUUACCCGUCGGGGCCAUAAUCACCCACUGUACCACACCAGGCACAAUCGCUCUCACUUUCGACGAUGGCCCGUACAUCUACACAUCCCGGCUGCUAGAUACUCUCGCCCAACACGGAGUAAGAGCAACCUUCUUUCUCAACGGUCGUAACAGAGGAAACAUCGAUGCCACCCCUGAGAUAGUGCAGCGCACAUUGGCGGAAGGACACCAGCUGGGGUCUCAUACGUGGAAUCACCCCUCUCUCGAUACUCUUUCAUACGAAGAAAUCGCGCAGCAAAUGAUCAUCCUCGAAGAAGCCUUCAUGCGCAUCCUAGGCUUCUUCCCGACAUACAUGCGCCCCCCAUUCCUUAGAUAUAGCCCCGUCGUUCUCGGCGCCAUGGCCGAUCUGGGGUACCAUGUCAUUGGGGCUAGCGUUGAUACGAAGGACUAUGAACAUGAUAAUCCUGAUACGAAUUGGAUUAGUUUUGAGAAGUUCUCGAGGGAGGUUGAUGCUGGUGGGACGAUUGUGUUGGCCCAUGAUUCGCAUCAGCAUACGGUCGAGAUUUUGGUAGAUAAUAUGCUUGCUGAUGUUGAGAGGAGGGGGUUGCGUGCUGUUACUGUUGGCGAGUGUCUUGGUGGUUCGCCUGAGUACUGGUAUCGGGAUGGGAGGUAG